AUGGCCGAUGAGCUCCCCUGGACUACUUCACGAUGCAACCGCCUCCUUCGACCCAUCUCAUCCAAGCUCGCGAAGCUUCGAGCUGAAUUCGAGCGCCCACGUUCCGCAGGUAUAGACACACGCAGCGCAUCUACAGCCUUCGCGACGAAGUGCUCCCCACGAAAGACCACAAACUUUACCCGGCCGGCGCAAAAGCCUCGAGGCUUCGAGAAGGCUAGAGAUCCGGACUGGAGACCGGACGGGAAGCCGACAGGAAGGGGCAGCAAAAAGACAUAUGGAGGCCGAGGGGCAAGGAAAGAAGCAUGUCUCCAGCGAGACAGUGCAGGGCUUACUCGUGUAACCCGUCCCGGGGAGAUCGCGUUCACCCCUCUGGUGGCUCGAAUGAGCAGCCAGCUACACAGCAGUCCACACGUUCAGAACUCGCCAUUGAAGAAGCACGGCAAGAAUCGGGGCCCCCUCCAAGUCAACAUCGACUGGACACAGCUUCCUGGGGACCUUCGCAAACUUGUUCAGGGUGUAUCCGAGGCCUACGCCAACGUUCUCCAAGCGACGACCGACGGCGAUGAGAAGUGUUGGAAGGGGACACGUUCCUUGAUGGCCGCGUGUCUGCGAAGACUGCCUGCAUAUAUCGAGCUCGAGGAGCAUUUUGCAAAGCUGGACCGAGAACAAGAGGAUGAGGAUGAGGAGCGGGACAUUGGAGGCGAGAUCUACGAACAUCUUGAAAAUCAAUUCGAGCAGCGGCCAGGAAAUGGAUGGCGUCCCUUCAAGCAGGUUCUUCGAGCCCAUGCGACGUCGUUAUUGUGCGAUGCUAUCACAGACGAGAUUGUCGGGCUCGACAGCAUGUCGAUGUUAGUCACCCACUGCGUCAGGGUCUCCGCAUGGGACGAGGCCGAGCGUCUCCUUCUCGCCUACCUGCCGUUAAUCGAGGCACCAUCAAUACCCAUCAACAUCAAAGCAGACCUUUUCGACGCACAGAGAUCGCCAUAUCUUUAUGCAGUAAAGAGCUUUGUCGACCACACCGGACGACACAGAUUGCUGUUUGACCUUCUGGAGCAUAUGAUCGCGCACGAGCUCCUGCCACUAGAAUGGUUGGCCACCGAGUGCAUGCGACCAGUCUGGGAUAGAGUGGUCCGGAGCACUUCGAGCAACGAUCACCGGACGAUAGCACAUGCUUACCGCUUUUUCGAAAUCGUCACCCUCGCUGGUAUGGGCCUGCCCGAUGAACGACUCCUGGCCGACGAGACAACCAGCGUCAGGCGCUUCGUGCCCUCGUCGAGAGAAGAGCUUCGACUCGCACUGAGCACCACCUACUCGAGCUUAUUGACGGUCAUGUGCAGUAUCGCGCUUGUUAAUAACAGCCGUGAUGAUGACGCAGGACGCAGUAUCGCAAGGAGAGUAACUUGGAUGCUCGAUGCUGUCGUAAUAGUCAUGUUGAGCCGGAGUAAUAUCAGAUCUGAAGUCCAGCUUCUGGAAGCACACCAGGAUGAUGCGCAGACAUUCUUGCAACGAGCAACCUGGACCAUAUUCGCAUCCUUUCUCGUUCAUCUCGAUAAGUGCCCAGUAGAAGCUAGUACUGUGUCGCUCGAACUCUCUGGCCUUGUCCACGGGCUCAAUUGGCUGACUGCUCAAUACGCGUCGAACGGCAUCAACAUAGCAUCUAUUCUCGGCGGCCUUCCUGCGCUGGUAUCAUCUGUAGCUCGUGGCACUGGCCGAAUCUGGAAGGACGAUGGUUUCGAUCAACUACAGCGACUUGUUCAGGCUUUGCUAUCGCUCUCAGGCUAUCGCUUGCCUCACAAACUCUGGACGCUUAAGCGCCUUGCCCUCGAGUCAGCAGUGGAAUUUGCUCAGGACAUGGGCGUAUCAGAGCACCAUACCUAUGCCCGCAUCAUCGAGCAGAAGAUGCGCACCCAAGGCCAGCUAGUCAUCGUCCCUUCACCACAGAAGCAUGAUUCCCCGUCAUCAGCUGGAGGAGGGUUCAGAUGGGAAGAGGGAAUCGGCGAGUGGGUCGCGUGUACGCCUGGUGUCAAGCGCAUGGCUCGCAAGCCCAUGACAGUUCUCGAGCUGCUACCAACACCAGCACAGUCUGAUGAUGAGGAUGCUUUACCAGACGAUAGCGCUAUAUGGGACACUACGGCCUUAGAUGCCGACGAAGACGACGACCUGCCAGCACAGUCAUCACCCAUCAAGAAGGUACCGCGUCUCUCAGUCACAUCACUUGGCAAACGCCAACGUGCUCCGUCUCCCAUGGUACUAGUUAAACGUACCAAACUGACGCCACCCGACACACCCAUCACAUUCUAUCCAGAUCUCCCAGAAGAAAUCCAGGACGGUCCGAGACGAUCUCGUCGCAGCACACACGAGAUCAAGCAGCUCACCUCGCGUCUGCGCACGCAGCGAUCCCGCACGUCUCUCGAUAGCGGCUUGCGCACCCAACAGCGCAAGACAUACGUCGAGCCGCUCCCCAUCGAUGCCAGCACUAGCGAAGACUCAGACUCUGAUUCGGACAGCGUGAGCAGCGAUACUGAAUCACUGCCUCAUCCAGAGAAACCAGCAGCAAGACAUCCCCGAGGCAGACUACCACGCAUCCAACAGCGCACCAUUAGUACUAGCACCAGGGAUGAUCCAGACUCCGAGUCUGAAAGCGAAGCCUCGUCCAGUAAUGCUCUGUCAUCGCCCAAGAAAUUGCCAAGUCGACGUUCCAAAGGCAGACCUCAUCGCGCCCUACCCCCAUACGAUGGCGCAGAAGACGAGCGUGACGACCUGGGCAUCACACCAGCCCGCCCCGUCGCUAAGCGGCGAACGAGCAGCAGGAAUGCAGGCAAGCUGUGGUGGAAGGUUCGACAGAGUGUUGUGAACGAUAGCGACGACGAUGGAAGCGAGGAUGAAUUGAGCUUUCACUAG